AUGUCCCGCCAAUCCGAACAAGCCCAAGCCUUUGCCUACGCCGUCUACGCCGCCGUCCAGGAGAUCCCCCGCGGCAAGGUAACCUCCUACGGCCACAUCGCCGCCCUCAUCGGCACCCCCGAACGCCCACGUCAGGUCGGCACCGCCCUGCGUCACCUGCCCGCCGCCGCCCUGCCCUUCCACGCCGCCAACGUCCCCUGGCAGCGCGUCAUCUCCGCCCGCGGCCUCAUCUCCCCGCGCGGCGGCGGCGACGGCGGCGACGGCACCGCCGCCCAGGCCGAGGCCCUGCGCGCCGAGGGCGUGGACGUGCAGCGUCGCGGCCUCGGCGAGCUGUGCGUCGACCUGGACGUCUAUGGAUGGUUUCCGGAGGAUCUGCCCUCGCAGCUGGAAGAUGAGGGGGGCGAGGACGAGGAGCAGGCGGCUCCAAUCGGCAGGCUGGCCGCAGCAUGA